AUGGUGGGCGUCGCGAUGAACUAUUACGACGAUCAGGGCCGCCAGGACUUGACACCUACCGAAGGAAGUCGCACGUAUGCUAUCAUUGUAUGCAUUUUUGCGUCGUUGGGUGGUAUUUUCUUUGGUUACGAUCAGGGAAUGACGGGGGGCGUGUUGGUUAUGGAAUCGUUCCUGGACGAUUUUUGCGUGGGCUGGCACAGUCAGACAAUGACGGACUGUACGCGAUCUGCAGCUGACUUACCACAACGCUGGGUCGACUACACUUUGUGGUACAAUAUGACGUACAAUAUUGGCUGUAUGGUUGGCGCUAUCAUGGGCGGUUGGAUUGCCGACAAGUUUGGCCGUCGUCUCACGAUUUUUCAGGCGGGAUCGCUCUUUUGUAUAGGCACGUCGUGGCUUGCCUUCUGCCCUCGUCAAGCACAUAGCUCGCUUCUUAUCGCGCGGUUUCUCCAGGGCAUGGGUGUUGGUAAUUCGUCCUUUUCACUGCCUCUUUUUGGAGCAGAGAUGGCUCCAAAGGAGUUGCGUGGCUUCCUCUCAGGAUUCAUGCAGAUGACGGUCGUUACAGGACUGCUUUCUGCUAACAUUGUGAAUCAGAUCAUUAAGGACCACAGUCGAGGGUGGCGUAUUACCAACGGAGUAGCUAUGGUGGCACCUAUUGUCGUCAUGCUUGGCAUUUUUUUCGUACCGGAGAGUCCUCGUUGGACGUACCUGCAAAAGGGCAAGGAUGCAGCCUCAGCUGUGUUGAAACAGCUGAGACAGACAAAAAAAGUAGGACGAGAGCUACGGGCUAUUGGUGCACAGAUUGCGCGAGAAGGGCGGCCAGGAGGGUGCAAGGAGCUAAUGGAACCGUCAGUACUCAAGCGUUUGAUCAUUGCUAUGCUACUACAGGUGUUACAGCAGGGAACAGGGAUCAACCCAGUGUUUACCUACGGUGGUCUCAUUUUCAAAGAUGUCGUAGGUGAUGGCAUAUUGUCCGUGCUUAUCAUUUCGAUCGUAAACUUUGUCAGUACCAUUCCGGCCAUGCGGUGGGUAGACACGUACGGCCGUCGUCAGUUGUUGUUGAUUGGUGCUGUGGGCAUGGUCGUCGGUCAUCUCGUUUCCGCUAUUCUGUUCACCCUCGGUUGUGACGGGAAUACUGAGAGUGCAGGGUGUUCAAAGACUUCGGGGUACGCAAUCAUCAUUGCCACGUCGUUCUUUAUCUUCAAUUUCGCUAUUUCAUGGGGACCUGUAUGCUGGGUCUACCCAGCCGAGAUCUUUCCGCUCAACGUGCGAUCGAUUGCGGUGGCGCUUUCGACAAUGGCCAAUUGGCUUAUGGGCGUAGUCAUGACGUGGGUGGUGAAGCUGUUUCCAUCUCUAAACAUUAACGGUGUGUUCUUUUUGUUCUCGGGCACAUGCGUUCUUAGCGGGGUGUUUGUGUAUUACAUGUGCCCGGAGACCACUGGUAUUAUGCUUGAAGAUAUUGAAUCUCUCUUCAAUGGUAGUGCGCGUCACAAAAACUUAUCAAAGGAAGUGCAGGAGACUCCAUUCCAUUCCAUGCAGAGCUAUCGCGCACCGGUAUGA